AACAGAAGAAAACAGCUCUCUCUCUCUCUCUCUCACAUUGGAAGAAGAAAAGGCUAUUCUCUCUUUGCUUCUUUCUCUCCGACUCGCUGUUUCAGAAGAGAGAAAUCAGAAAAAGCUUCAAAUCCCAAACCCUAGAAGAAGAAGAAAAAGCUUUUCUUCCCAACCCUAAUGUCCCAAAUCUGAGCUGCUUUUGAUCUUCCGCUCUCAUUCGGAUGUGAGAGCGCCAGAUCCGUGAUGGCCGAUCUACCCUUCGACGGUGGCGAGGGUCCGGCGACCGCGGCGGAGCUUGGCUGCAGCAGCGGCGGCAAUGUCCGUAGCGAUGCAGUGGUGUCGAUGCUGACGCCACAGCAGCUGACGGUUUCAGGAUCGUUUAAGGGAGAUGGGAAGGGUUCGAGGCGGCGGGCGUCCAUUCGGCCGAGCUUGGACGCUGAUGAUUUCAUAAAUCUGCUGCACGGGUCGGAUCCGGUGAAGGUGGAGCUGAAUCGGCUCGAGAAUGAAGUCAGGGAUAAGGAUCGGGAAUUGGGAGAAGCGCAGGCGGAGAUUAAAGCAUUGAAGUUGUCGGAGCGGCUGAGAGAAAAGGCUGUUGAAGAGCUCACUGAAGAAUUGUCGAAGGUUGAAGAGAAACUCAAGUUGACUGAAUCUCUUCUGGAAAACAAAAACCUUGAAAUAAAGAAAAUAAAUGAUGAGAAGAAAGCAUCAAUGGCUGCCCAAUUCGCGGCAGAAGCAACUCUUCGAAGGGUUCAUGCGGCUCAAAAGGACGAUGACAUGCCACCCAUUGAAGCCAUUCUUGCACCACUGGAGGCAGAGUUAAAGCUUGCUCGGCAGGAGAUUGCAAAGCUGCAGGAUGACAACAAGGCAUUAGAUCGCCUUACCAAAUCAAAAGAAGCAGCUUUACUGGAAGCAGAAAGGACUGUUCAGAUUGCCUUGGCAAAGGCCUCAUUAGUAGAUGAUCUACAAAACAAGAACCAAGAGUUAAUGAAACAGAUCGAGAUCUGCCAGGAAGAAAACAAGAUUUUGGACAAAAUGCAUCGCCAAAAGGUUGCAGAGGUUGAAAAGCUCAGCCAAACUGUGAGAGAGCUAGAAGAAGCUGUUCUUGCAGGUGGUGCAGCUGCAAACGCUGUGAGGGAUUACCAACGGAAAGUCCAGGAGAUGAAUGAGGAGAGGAAGACCCUUGACAGAGAACUGGCUCGUGCAAAGGUUACGGCAAAUAGGGUUGCUGUAGUGGUAGCAAAUGAAUGGAAAGAUGCUAAUGAUAAAGUAAUGCCUGUAAGACAAUGGCUUGAAGAUCGCAGAUUCUUGCAGGGAGAAAUGCAGCAGCUUCGAGAUAAACUUGCUGUUGCAGAGCGUACUGCAAAAUAUGAAGCACAGUUGAAAGAAAAAUAUCAAUUGCGGCUCAAAGUGCUAGAAGAGGGGUUGAAAGCAUCUGUGAACGGUAAUAAUCGCACUACUCCUGAGGGGAGAAGUGUGAGCAAUGGCUCUUCACGUCGUCAAUCCCUGGGUGGUGCUGAGAAUGUCUCUAAAUUGACUUCAAAUGGCUUUUUAUCUAAGAGAACACCAUCCUCUCAAUUGAGAUCUUCACUGACUAGUGGAUCGAGUACAAUAUUGAAACAUGCAAAAGGGGCAUCAAAGUCAUUCGAUGGUGGCACUAGGUCAUUAGACAGGGGUAAAAUCCUCUCAAACGGGACAGGACCAAACCAUUCGCUCAACAAAUCUUCUGAGGGAACAAGAGACAGAGAGACACAUAAUACUUGGAAGGAAAACCCCGAUGAAAAGCCUAACGAAUUCUCUAGUGUUGAUACAGAGGAUACUGUCUCUGGAUUAUUGUAUGACAUGCUGCAAAAAGAGGUCAUCACUUUGAGGAAAGCUGGGCAUGAAAAAGAUCAAAGCCUUAAAGACAAGGAUGAUGCAAUUGAGAUGUUAGCAAAGAAGGUAGACACUUUGACAAAAGCGAUGGAGGUGGAGGCCAAGAAAAUGAGGAGAGAAGUAGCUGCCAUGGAGAAGGAGGUAGCUGCCAUGCGUAUCGACAAAGAGCAUGAAAAUAGGGUUAAGCGGUUUGGAAGUUCCAAGGGUCCUAUGAAUAGUUCCCAACUGCUUCCUGGGAGAAGUGUAUCACGAAGCGGGUCGAUGCGGAGCCUCCAAUGACAUGAAACUCCGUUGCAAGCCAGUAAGGACUAUCCACAGAGGCUUCAUUUCUUUCGUUUUCUUCAUUAAUUUUAUGAUGAUAACUGGUGGGCUGACAACCUCGCGAUCAUGGAGUUUGGGAAAACAAGAUCUGGAGGGAGAUACGGUCCACAUCUGACUUGACUGGUUGUAUUGAAGUUAGCAAGAAAAGGACAACAACGUUGGCUAACCUUUGGGCAGUUUUUUUUUUUUUUGGAAAUUGUGCUUGCUUGGUUGUAUAGGAUGGUUAGGAUUCGCUAUUCUAAUUUGUAAUUUGCAGUAGUGUGAUGGUUGUUGAAUUCUCAAGGUUGUGAAUAUUUUUGUAAUCAGAUCAGUGGUGGUUUCAUGCC